UGCAGAUACCCGGCGUUGGCGCGUGCCCCACUUAUUCUGAUAUUGACAAUGUACGAGUGGAUUUGGAGUGUAAACGGCAUGAUUUUUCAAAACAAUGUCAAUCGAAUAAUUUUCGUCUAGUUUUCAAGAUAAUCGUGUGAUAGAAACCUACCGUUUUUGGUACCUGAAAAUUAAGCGACACCUACUUGGAGGGUGAAUCAGAACAUAAUGGGCUGCUGGGAUAAACAGUAUGAAUUUCUGAAACAAUAUUCGUGGAAGAGCGCAUCAUCCAAUUUUAAAGGAAACUAUAUGAUUGAAUUUUAAAAAAUGAGAACUAAAUGACAUCUACUUGAGGGGUGCCCUCAAGGGGUGCACCUAUGAAGUCUGUGGGAUUGAUGGAAUCCACUAAAAUUGUUCCAAGCUUCGAGUGCUCUUAGCAUACUGACCCAUAUCCUAAAAAGCAAUUAUUGCAGCCUUGUUUUUUCUCUGCAAAGGCAAAGCUUCAUGAGCAGGGAGACAUUUAAGACAGUGCGUCACAGAAUCGUCAGCAAAUGACGAAAAUUGGUAAUCGUGUAAAAUGUAGACAUUCUAUAUAUUUCACUUUCAUUUAAUGAUGACAUCGACAUUGACCUUGCAAACCAGUGCAGGUUGGCUGCAUGAGUGGCGUCUCGUCUCUGAUGGGGACGUUGCAUCUGCCACAUCACUCAUGACAUCGUAACUGCAGUAUCACGCCGAACAUAAUCGCAAUGUCCGACCUUCACUUUCUGAAGAGGAGGCGUUUACAGCCUCAGAAUCUGGCAACCAAACUGUAUUUGCGCGAGAUCGGCGGCCGUCGUCCACGGCAACCAUACCGCUGCCACCGCACGUUCUAUGUCAACGUCUUCCCGAACUACACGGUGCAGGCCGUGGAGAAGCCUCCGUGCACGCUGCGCAAGUUCACGCCGGACGGGCGGCACGUCAUCGCAAUCUCGGGAGACCAGCAGAGUGUGGAGGUGUACCGGUACAAUGGACCCGCGGCGGCGGCGGCGCUGCUGCAGGGUUGCGCCGGCGACCUCCUGGCCGACGCCGGGCCGGCCGCCGACGCCGCCAAGCGUCGCCUCUUCUCCAGCUUUUUCACAGCGCUGCGCAGCGUGCGCGUAGCACCGCAGGGCGAGAACCUGAACCGGGAGUGCUCGCUCUUCACCGACGACGGCGUGCACGUGAUCGUCGGCUCGGUGGCCAUGGUGACGGACGCGCACGAGCAGCAGACGGCCGGCGCCGCGUCUCGAACCAACGAGUGGGUGGCGCCCGGCGCGCGCACGCCGCUCGAGAACUACUCCCUGCACGUGGUGGACAUCGGGCGCGGCCGGCUGUGCGACACGAUCCACUUCAAGCGCGACAAGAUCUUCACGUCGCACAACCAGGGCCUCUACUUGUAUGGCGACACGCUGGCCGUGCUGUCCGUGCAGCACCAGACGAUUCACAUCUACAGCGUGACGGAGCGCGGCUCCAUCAUCCCCGUGCGCACGAUUGGCCGGUUCUGCUCGGACGACGACGAGCUGUUCUACCAGGUGACGGUUCCGCCUGGCCACAUCCAGCCGCCGGGCGGGGAGGAGUUCGUCUGCGGCCUGAAACACCGGCUGCUGGCAUUCCUGUACCAGCGAGCCGUGCGCAUCAGCGAGGAGGAGGGCAGUCCUUACGAGCUGCGCCGCUUCUACCAGUACUUCAACAAGUUCCGCUCGCUGCGCAUGUGGAAGAUGCAGCUGCUGGACUCGCAUCACCUGCUCAUUCGCUACGCCAGCGAGGAGGUGGUGACAUUCCGUGCAGAGCACAACCAGCAGCCGUCGGUGUUCGUGGUGUACAACAUGGUCUCGAGCCGGGUGCUGGCUGUCUUUGAGAAUACGUCGCCCCAGCUGCUCUACAUCUACGAAAACUUCUGCGACAACUUUCGCAAUGCCCGUCUCUCGGUCGACUCACGCUACACGUGCUCACCGUCCAACAACAUCUAUGCCAGGCACGUGCAGGCGCGCUUCAAGCACACAAUCGAGUCGGCCCGGAACGGUAGCCCAAUGGAGGCGACGCGCCGCCUGCUGGUGCAGCUGCCCAUCUCCGGCCAGUCGUACGCCUCCAGCCCCUACCUGGACAUGCAGCUGUUCAGCUACGACGAGAAGUGGGUGUCGGCCAUGGAGCGACCCAAGCCCUGUGGCGAACAGCCCAUCAGGUUUUAUUCGCGCGACUCUGGCCUGCUGAGGUUCCGGAUCCACGCGGGUGUCAGCGGCCGCUCGCCGCCGCCCCCGGCCGGCGCCUCGCCGCGUCGACUGGUCGCCUUCAUCUUCCACCCGACCGACCCGUUCGCCAUCAGCGUGCAGCGCACCAACGCCGAGUAUGUGGUGAACUUCCACGUGCGCCACGCCUGCAGCUGAGAGGCGGUUCUCGCUCCUGGGCGGCUGGACAGCCGAGCACGCGCGCGGCGCGGCCAACCACGGCCGACCGCGGUGUUAUGUGCGGAUGUCAUAUACACGAUACACUUCGUGAUAGCUUGUUACGAAGCGGUGAUAGCACGUGUUGCGCAGCGGUGAUAUACAUUUGUUUUUUACAGGAUUUAUACGAAAUAUAUUUGCGCAUCAGUGAAACGGAUGUGAGUCAUCGCAAGCCGUCAGCACA